AUGCAUCGAAAGAUUCUUUUACGUGGCAGUGCCGUUUUGAUACUGUUCAUAUUAUCUAUUGCAUAUGUCAAUGGAGAAGAUGAGACAGUUGCAACUACCAUUGCUGAUUCAUUAUGUGAAGGCGACGAUUGUGAAAAAGGAACAACUGUCGAAGAAGUUACAACAGUUAAAAGUGUGUCCGAAACAGUUGACACAGAUGAAACUACACAAAAACCAACUACAACGAUUGAAACUACGCAAAAACCAACUACAACGAUUAGAACUACGCAAAAACCAACUACAACGAUUAGAACUACGCAAAAACCAAAACUACAAAAAGAUCAACUACAACAACUAAAAGAUCGCUUUCAAAUUUUCGUAUCAUACUUUCGUACAAACACAGCUAAAUACGACAAUAAAAGAAAACGUCCAGGAUAUGAUAGAAAUCGUGAAGAUAACGACGAUGAUAGUUAUGGUAUCAUGAAUGAAAACCAAAGAUCACCUUUGGACUCAUUAAAUCUUUGGAUUGCCUAUAGUAAUGGUUGGCUACUUGACGAUAGAUUAAGAUGUCAUGGACAAGGACGCGGUGAAUAUUGUGACAAUGAAAAUUAUAAUGAAGAACAAGAUUAUGAAGAUUCCAGUGACGAUGAUGAUAAUAAGAAAGAAAACUAUCGCAAACAACGUUUAUAUGCACGCGUUCGUUUUCCUGUUCGUCAUUAUCCAAACUAUCAUCAAUUUCCUACUAGACGUUUCCCAUCACUUGUUUCAAUUCUUCCAUGGCUUCCAAUCUUUUACGAUAAAGUUACUUAUCAAACAAUCAUUUUUUCACCAACAGGCGGCAUCUAUAUUUUACCACCAUUGAUUAAUUUUUAUGGUCAACGUUUUGCUGUUGCUCAACUUAUUAAAUGGGGAUAUGCUUCGUUAGUUAGUACAGGUGCAUCUCCACCACCUAAUGUAGAUGUAGCUCCAUUUAUUCAACAAUCACCAGCUGUUAAUGUCGGUGGUACAGCUCCUCCUACAUCAGGCCUUGCUUUUGAUGAAAAGAGAGUUCAAUUUACUGAUGGUGUUAAAACAAAUUUUCGUUACGUUAAACCACAAUAUAGCCAAACUUUAGUUGAAGGAGGAUAUGAUUAUUAUGAACCAUCAUAUGACAAAAACUAUGGCUUGGAUUCAAAUUAUGAUACAACAAGCAAACAACAAACUUAUGCUCAAAAGAUUGAAAACAAAUAG